CCCCGGCCCCGCAGCCCCAGCCCCCGCCGCCCCGCAGCCCCUCCCGCUGCAGCGCCGGCGUCUGUGCGCGGCCCGGAGCCGGAGCCCGAGAGGCUCGGAGCGGACCGACCCGACCCGACCUCUGCCCCCCUUGCAGGCGCCAUGCUGCCGCUCCUGCUGGGCCUGCUGGGCCCGGCAGCCUCCUGGGCACUGGGCCCGGCGGCGCCCGGCUCCACGGAGCUGCGCUCGGCCUUCUCGGCGGCCCGCACCACUCCGCUGGAGGGCACUUCGGAGAUGGAGAUGGCGGUGACCUUCGACAAGGUGCACGUCAACAUCGGGGGCGACUUCGACGCCGCCACGGGCCAGUUCCGCUGCCGCGUGCCGGGCGCCUACUUCUUCUCGUUCACGGCGGGCAAGGCCCCGCACAAGAGCCUGUCGGUGAUGCUGGUGCGCAACCGCGACGAGGUGCAGGCGCUGGCCUUCGACGAGCAGCGGCGGCCCGGCUCGCGGCGCGCCGCCAGCCAGAGCGCCAUGCUGCAGCUCGACUACGGCGACGUGGUGUGGCUGCGGCUGCACGGCGCCCCGCAGUACGCGCUGGGCGCGCCGGGCGCCACCUUCAGCGGCUACCUGGUCUACGCCGACGCCGACGCGCCCGCGCCCGCGCCCCGCCGCGCGCCCGCGCGCCCCGAGCCGCGCUCGGCCUUCUCGGCGGCGCGCACGCGCAGCCUGGUGGGCUCGGACGCGGGCGCGGGCCCGCGCCACCGGCCCGUCGCCUUCGACACGGAGCUCGUCAACAUCGGCGGCGACUUCGACGCGGAGGCCGGCGUGUUCCGCUGCCGCCUGCCCGGCGCCUACUUCUUCUCCUUCACGCUGGGCAAGCUGCCGCGGAAGACGCUGUCGGUGAAGCUGAUGAAGAACCGCGACGAGGUGCAGGCCAUGAUCUACGACGACGGCGCGUCGCGGCGCCGCGAGAUGCAGAGCCAGAGCGUGAUGCUGGCGCUGCGCCGCGGCGACGCCGUGUGGCUGCUCAGCCACGACCACGACGGCUACGGGGCCUACAGCAACCACGGCAAGUACAUCACCUUCUCCGGCUUCCUGGUGUACCCCGACCCCGACCCCGACCCCGCCGCCGCCGCCGCCAGCCCGCCCGGCGCCGGGCCCCUGGAGCUCUGAGCGCCCGCGGGCGGCGCCGAGGGCAUCGAGCAUGCCGGGCCGCGCGGCCCCCCUCCCUCGCCGGCGAGCAUGGCGGCCCGCCCAGCGCCGCUGGGCGCCAAUAAAGCGGGCCUGCGCCGGCGACCGUGUCCGUCCAGUUCUCUGUCUU